AUGAUAGGCAAAGCAGACCUUGCUUCACUCUUACACGACUAUGGAGCUGAAAUCGAUAGUCGAGGAGUAGGGGAAUGUACCGCUUUACAGAUAGCUGCCUUUGCGGGAAAUGUGGAGGUGGUGAGGCUUCUAUUAGACAGAAACGCCGACGUUAAUCUUAAUGGAGGCAAGUACGGCCGAGCAUUGAAGGCAGCCCUCGACCGAGGUCACUUCGACGUAAUUGAUCUACUUAUCAAGAAUGGAGCU